AUGGUUGCCACCACUUCUGAACCCGCCUCCGCCCUCCAGCUCCUCCCCAAUGUCCUUCCCCAUCUCGACCGGCACCUCGUCCUCCCCCUGCUCGACUUCCUCGAGUCGCGCGAGAAGUACACCCACGAGGAGACGCUCAAGGCCAAGAUUGACCUCCUUGGAGAUGGCAAGACCAACAUGGUCACCUUCGUCGAGGGCCUGAAGCGCGAGCUCGAGGGCAAGGAGGAGGGCCAGGAAGUCGAGGGUGCUGCCGAGUUGCGGAAACGCGAGCAGAAGGUCCUCAAGACGCUCAACGAGUUGCGGGCGCAGGCGCAGGGUGUCAUGGAGGUCAUCUCGAACCCGGAAGUCGUCUCGGCGCUGCGACAGGACAAGCAGCACAACUUGACCUACCUCAAGGAGAACCACGGCGUCACCCUCGAUCAGAUCGCACUCCUGUACAAGUUCGGCCAGUUCCAGUACUCGAUUGGCCACUACGGGGGUGCCUCCGACUACCUCUACCACUUCCGCGUUCUCUCGACCGACGCCCAGCUCGUCCUCUCCGCCAUGUGGGGAAAACUCGCCUCCGACAUCCUCGAGGGUUCGUGGGACGCUGCGCUCGAGGAGCUCAACGGUCUCCGCGAGCACAUCGACCAGCGCGGAGCUGCCGGCCCCGGUGGACCCCUCUUCGCACUCCAGCAGCGCACCUGGUGGCUUCACUGGUCACUCUUUGUCUACUACAACCACCCGAACGGCCGCGAGCUCCUCCUCGAGUCCUGGCUGGCGCAGAACUACCUCAACACGAUCCAGACUGCCGCACCCUGGCUCCUCCGGUACCUCGUUGCCGCCGUCGUCAUCUCGCGCAAGUCGACCCUGCGCUCUGCCGGUCCCGCAUCGGCUGGCAACUCGGCACGCUCGCGCGAGGCUGUCCGCGACGUCGUUCGCGCGCUCAGCCAGGAGCAGUACCAGUACCGCGACCCGGUCACCGAGUUCCUCCGCAAGCUGUACGGCGAAGUCGACUUUGAGGGCGCACGCGAGGAGAUGUCACGCUGCGAUGCCGACGAGCUCGCCGACGACUUCUUCCUCGAGGCGUUCAAGGACGAAUUCGUUGAGAACGCGCGGUACCUCGUCUCCGAGGCGUACUGCAAGAUCCACCACCGCAUUGACAUCGCCGAGCUUUCCGACCGCCUCGGCCUCUCCCGCGAGGAGGGCGAGCGGUGGAUUGUCGACCUCGUCCGCGACGCUCGCCUCGACGCCAAGAUCGACCUCAAGCAGAACAUUGUCCAGAUGAACCACGCCGACACGCCCGUCUACCAGACCGUCAUCGAGAAGUCGCGCGGCCUCUUGUUCCGCUCGCAGGCUUUGGCGAGCGCGAUCGAGGUCCGUGCCUCGGGCGGCCAGGUCGACCGCGAGCAGCGUCUCGGCGGCCGCAUGACCGGCGGACAGAAGCGGACGGGCGGACAGGGUGGACCGAGGGGCCAGCAGAAGAAGGCGGAGCAGGACGGCGCGGCGGCGAACGGGCAGCAGAAGGCGGACGGCGCGGCGCCGACUGAGCAGUCGACACCGGUUGAUGCGUGA